AUAAUAUCAAAUGUACAAAGUCGAAAAUGGAGGGUGGCAAGAAGCGGAGGUCCCGUCAACUGCUGAAGACAGUACAGAUGAAAAUAUCUGUGCUAGAAAAACAAAAAGAGGACAUUGUUGAUAUCAUCAAUGAUUUCACCGAUGAGGUGAUUUCCAAAGCACGAAGUUUUACCCAAGAUGGAGAUGACGUCCUUCAAAGUCCAGAUUCUUACCAUGACCUUGUGAGAAGAUUAGAUGUGACCUCAGAAAUAUUGUCAAAAAUUGCCAUCAGUCUAGAUGACAUAAUAGAUGAAGAGGUUGGUGACAAAGAUAGAGAUGUGGGACUUCUUGAAAGUAUUCCUACAAGCAAAAGUGAGACACCAAAGCAGCCAGAGGCUGAAAUGUGCAUGACUAAAGACCUGAGCAAGAAAGUGAAUGUAAGCACUACAGUUCCCAAACAGCAUGAUGGCUCAAUAUUCAUUGACCACGAUUCAGCACUUCAUACAGUUCCUACGUCAGAUAGGACUUUGCCACUGGCGACAGAUAUUGUAGGAAAAGCGUCAAGCGAUGUAGUUAACCCAAGGGCAGCUAAUAUCAAUGCAUCAGAAACAGAAGAAAACACAGAUGGAAACCACUGUCCCCCUUUUUUAUCAUCAAACUUUCAAACAUCGGUCGUGACUCGUCAUGUUCUGGAGCCGGCCUUACCCAGUGUUCAUUCACCUGCCCCUUUAGACUCUGACUGUGGACUAGAUCUUCAUGAAACAUUACCGUGUAGUAGUCAAAGCGCCAUGCUGAACUUAAUGACUACACCUCAUACUGCUGAAAAUUAUGAUUGUCACAUAGCGAACCAGACAGCUCAAAAUCUCACUGGCUGUCCUGUUUCGUUUGGUAGCUCACUGUAUCACCAGCGGCCAGUUGUGGUGCCUUCACCUCCAUUUCCACCUAAUUUUAAUCCAGCUCAAAUGUGGGGAGCACGUGGACACAGCAUAGGCCCACACCCUCUUCCAGCCAGAUCCAGUGCCAAAGAUACUAUGUGGAUGAGCAGUGGUUCGAAUCCCAUAAUGGCUAUGCAGCAUCUUUCAGCUGAUAUGUAUCCAACUUUCAUGCCUGCACAUGCGUCUACUGCAUCUGAUUCAGCAAUGAUGCCAAGCCCCUUCAUGGGUACACCUCUUCAGUAUAACUCAAUCCGGCGGCCUAUCAUUGCUGCAUUUCCAGACAGAGGUGACCACUUUCGGGAAACAGACUUCACAUCACACGAAGCCAUCGGAAUGGCUCAAAAAGCUGUAGAGGUCACAGGUCUUGAACCAUUUCAGGAAUCCUGUACCGUUCCCUUUCCAGGACAGGUAGACUCGCCAUCAGUGAACUCUGCAGUAUCAGUCAGUGUAACGACAUCUUCUCGUGUAUUUCCAAGUUUGGCUCCUGCUAGUUCAUCGUUUCUUCCGGUAACAACCUCUUUUGGUUCAUCUCUCAUCAGCAGUGCAUCAGAAAGCUCCCCACAGUCACCAUCAACAUCAGUAAAUAUUGAGGAGCAGCAUCAUUCUCAAUUGCAUACAUCCUCUCAAGUACCUGAUGAGCACUUGAGCAAUGAGGUCAUUGGAACUGAUGGCAUUUUUAGUCAAGGCCAAGCUCUUCCAUCGUCAUCACUUUCCAGUCUUCGUCCUCAAAGAAAAGGGGCUCCUUUGAGGCAGCAGAGAUCUGAAAAGUUGUUUACGUCAACUUCUAGUCAGGGAUCAGCUCCUCCUUAUUUAAUGACGAUGUCUGUUAGUCCUGUGGCAACUGAUGGAAAAAGUAAAAAUCCAGAGGGUUCCCAGGAAAAGGUGGACAUGUUGGGAUGCUUGCCAUCUUCACAGCAAACCAAAAAGCUACAGCCUCUGAAAACGGCGCGUCUCCCAUUUGCUCACCACCCAAAAGGUGCCAGUCAAGCUUUUCAAGGCCCCAUGGUGAAAGAUCUGGACAAGCUUUUCUCAAAGGUCAAAGACAGCAUUGCACAGUCUGGCAAACAGUCAAAGACUGCAAACUCGAUUUCUGGUGGUGUGAGUAGUAAUGAUAAGCCAACUACAAAAGCUUCUCCAGAGUCAUCAGCCAAGCAAAAGUCUCCUAGAAAAGGUCCUACAAUUUCUCCGGCCAAGUGGGUGAAGGAUGAGAUCCUGGCUGCUACAGUCACUCGUGUGGAGGAUCCAUGGGCUUUUUAUGUUAAGUCUCAUGGUGAGGAGAAGGAUAUUAACAAGAAAAUCAGAGUUGCAGAGAAUGAGGGUCUGGAGAAGAAAAAUUCUCCUGAAGUCGGUGAUUUUUGCUUGGCGAGAUUCUCAGACGGCUUGCUGCACAGGGCACAAAUUCUUGCCCUGAAAGAUGGUGGCAGUCUGUUGAAGGUGAUCUUUGUAGACUACGGCAACACAUCCACAGUGGACGUCCAGCAGGUGUUCGAGCUGCCCCGGGUGCUGACAAAACCCGCAUGUCUGGCGGCAUGCUGUGCUCUUAAUGGAGUUCGCCCUGAAAACCCAGAAAAUCUAUGGACCCAGGAAGCCAUAUUAGCUUUCGAAGAGCUGUGCUCGAACACAGAGGUGGUUCUACGCGUGUUAAGGCCUGCUGAUAAUGAGAACUCCCAGGACAAACUUCCUUACAUUGUAGACAUUGUUGUGAAAAUGCCAGUCACUAAAAAGUCCAGAAGCAAGACCCAGUGUAAGGCCAAGAACAUCAGCUCAAUACUUGUUGACAAAAACUAUGCUGUAGCUCUGUCAUUUGAUGACCUUGUGGAGAUAUUGACCAAGGUCAAUGCUGGAGGAAACGAAUUAUCCCCGUUACAGCAGCAAGAUUUGGCUCAGCUGGCGUCUUCCACAGAUAUUUUUCUAGCCACGAAGCGACCCAAAUCACCAGCCAGCAGUGUUCACUCAGGUUCUCAUAGCAAGUUUCCAACUCCUGCUUGUUUUCUCCAAUCUUCCAGCAAAAAUCUGAAACAGGCUUCCAAAAAGUCACAAUCGUCUUCAUCGUCCUCAUCAUCUAUGUCAAGUAUUUCAACACCACAUUCCAGACUGGAAGAAAGAGACAUGCCUGAACAACCAGAGAUACAACCAGAAAAGGCAGUUGGCAGGACCGAAAAUUCAGCUCCUAAAAAAACUUCCCUCGAUCACUUGGUUGAUGAAAAACUGCGAUGUUUGAAGAAGAGCCUUACCCGUACUUUGGAAUCACCCGAAGGGGACAGUGAUUCGGAUUUGGACUCUGAAUCUGAGCUGACUUUUGAGUCAAGUGGAACUCUUAAAUCUAUUUCUGUGGAUAACGGUUUAGAAGUGGAAUUUCAAGUGAUGAUGAGUAAAGUUAUCUCACCUUCCAGUUUUUUCGUUCAUUUGGUCACAGAAGAAUCAGGACACCAAUUUGACCAGCUAACCCAGGGAUUAAAUAAAAUAUUUGAGGCUUAUUCAAGUAAAGCACUGCUGAAUCUUUCCAUGCAGUUUGUCCUGAAAAAGAACAAGUUGUGUUGUGCAAUAUUCUCAGGAGACAUUGGCUACUAUCGAGGCCUGGUUUUGGAUGUACGGAAACGUCGUGCUGACUCUUCCUUGCUUUGGGCUCACAAUGUGGAAACAGAAGAGAUCCUGGUCUUCUUCAUUGAUUAUGGUGACUCAGAGUGGGUGGCUCGGUCUCGAGUGUAUCGCUUGCCCACACAGUUCAAGCAGAUUCCUCCUAUGGUUCUGUGGUGUUCCCUUGUCUAUGUCAGCCCACCUCAGACAAGCAGCAGAGGUAACCACGCAGUAGUCAAUGGCGGUGAUGCCCAGCAGGAUGUCAUUCCAGUGCCCAAAUGGUGUGCUAAGACGGUGCGCAUGUUCAAGGCCAAGGUGUCAGGGGACAAGACUCUGUGUGCUGUUGUCUCACAGGAGGAACUCUUACGAGUCAAUGACUCUCAGAGUUUCCAGCUUCAGCCAUUGCCAGUCUACCUUCUAAACAAAAACGGCAAGGAGGAAAUUUGCUUAAAUCAUGAGCUCAUACAGUUGGGCCUUGCAGAGGUGAAAACUGAUGCUAAAGAGCCAGUGGAAAACACUGAGCUGCAGGAUUGGGACCCCAUGGCUGACGACUUUAGCUCCAUCCGUAACAGCUACAAAGUGGACAUCACUGACCCUGGGGUGGCCCUAGUUGGAGUUGGAGCGGGACAGGUCGGGCGCGAUGGCCGACGCGUGUGUGUGUUCUACAACCGGGCCAGGGGCUGCUAUAGGGGGCAGAGGUGUCCCAACCUACACAUUAGAGUGGAUGAAGACGAGAAUUCUACCGAAUCAGUGACCGUUACGACGGUGACCUCACAUUGUUGGCCAGGGGUCAGGCCAUGGCUGCUAGGGUUCAUGGGCUGUGGCACAGGGUCAAAGUCAUUGAUGCAGACGUAGAGAAUGGCACCGUACAGGUGCUAUGUGUGGACUUUGGCAACAUAGAGAUGGUGCCUGAGGUGGAACUGAGAGAGCUGGACUUGAGGUUCAUCCAUCUGACCCUGCAGGCUGUCGAGUGUUCCCUGGAUGGGCUCGAGCCUGUGGACAGCACUGGUCGGUGGCCGAAAUCUGUCUGUGAGGAGUUUGCCCAGUCGUGUGUGGACAAAAUUCUCGUGGCUCAUGUCAAGCACAGGUUCCUGUCAGACCGUCUCAGUGUGGAGCUGUAUGACAGUUCAGGGGAAGAAGCACAAGAAAGUCUUAACAAACAGUUGAUGAACAAGCAGAUGGCACAAGAGGGGCAAAAGAAAUCUCAAUUACACCCAGAGACAAAUGGUGGGGAGGGCUGUGAGCUGGAGGAGGAGGAGGAUGUGCUCCCUUACCAGCCGGUCUAAGCCAGUAGCGACCUCUCCGACUUGCACACAGACAUGCAUACUCACACGAAUGCUCACAAACAUACUUGCUCGUUUAUCACACACACACACACACACACACACACACACACACAACCACACAUACAUUUUCUAUCUCAAAUGAAAACAUUAGUGCCAAAACCUACCAAGACAAAACAAAAUGGAAAUGUACUUAAGUUCAUGAUCUGUGAUUUGGGGGUGGGGGGCACAAUUGUUCUUUCUCAUUAAAGAGUUGUAAAUGUAAAAGUCUCUUCGUCGUAUUGACGGGGAAAAAAAGUUGUCUCUCCUGAAGUGAUUGCUCCAGAGGAUGAGGCUGGCGGUUUUGCCGAGCUCUUUUUCUCUGUUUGCCUUAUUGAUUCAUUAGCAAGUUUUUGAUGGAAAAAAAAUUUAAUUUAACAGAAGGUUGGUUAAACUGUUAAAACAUUUUUUUACCUUAAACUCAGGGCCCAUGGCCUUUUAUAUCUACUCUAGUUUGCCUUUUUUCGCCACCUGUAUCAUUUGUUGCUGAUGAUUUAUUAGUUUUUGUUCUUAAUUUUUUGUUCAUAUUCAUGUAUAAAAAUUUUUUUUCAGAAUUAUUAUUUGAAAUUCAUGGCUACUGUGUUGUUGAUGUUCAUUCAUUACCACUUCAAAGGUUGUACUAUCACUAAACUUUGAAGGUACUAUAUGUCUAUCUCAGGGGCUUUGUUUAGAAAUUGCUGAGGCACACUGAUAGCUAAGCGGUCAGGACAUUUGGCUACCAUUGCAACUGCCAGGGUUUGAGUUUCUGAAAAGACAUUUCUUAACUUAACUUGAUUUUUAAGAGUAUUGCUGGCUCACCUAUCCAGGACGGUCCUUGAUGUGUAUGUUCUGCCUUGUAUCUGUAGUUUUAUGUCUUUCCCAUCUGCAUGCACAACGAUAAACUGUGUGCGGCAAAAAAAAACUUUGAGAAAAUUGAAGGUGAAGUUUUUGCGCCUUGUCUUUAAAAGACAAGGAGAG